AAGUGAGCCGCGUGCGCGUUGACGAGCGAGACUAUUUCAGUAGCCUAUUCUGAUUGCGCCGAAGGAAGUUUCUUCAUUCUCCGUUGUGUAAAUAGAGUAACUUACUUUUGUAUGUGAUGGGCGUGAAAUGUGAUACAGUACCGACAUGAAGUCCGGAGAGGAGACGGAUUACGAGGGAGACCUAAAUAGUUUGCCCGACGACUCCAACUUUGUCCAACCUUAUUUAUUAGAGCUGAGACAGAGGGCACAGAAAGACAUCAUCGACCCGCAGCAAAGCUUGAAUUGGUCAGACAGUUUUCUAAUAAAGUUUCUGCGAGCGAGAGACUUUAAUGUUGAGCUGUCACUGAAGGUUGGUAUCUCGCUACUCUUUAAUUACCAGCGUUGGAGGAGAGAGUGCCCAGAGAUCAGUGCCAACCUGCAGCCGUCCUCUGUCCUGGGACUCCUCCAGAAUAACUACCAUGGAGUGCUGAGGGACCGGGACCUCAGCGGCAGCAGAGUGCUCAUCUAUAGGAUCGGCCAGUGGAACCCCAAAGACUUCACAGUGUACGAGGUGUUCCGUGUCAGUCUGAUCACAUCUGAGCUGAUCGUCCAGGAGACGGAGACUCAGAGGAAUGGACUAAAAGCCAUUUUUGACAUGCAGGGAUGGUGCUUCGCUCACGCCCUCCAGAUCAACCCCUCCCUGGCCAAAAGGAUCUCCUCUGUGCUCACGGACUCGUUCCCUCUGAAGGUGCGAGGAAUCCAUCUGAUCAACGAGCCCAUAUUCUUCAGACCCGUCUUCGCCAUGCUCCGCCCAUUUCUGCCCGAUAAGAUCAAACAGCGGAUCCACAUGCAUGGCAGCACCUUCAAAGAGACUCUGAGGGAUUUUUUCUCCGAAGACAUCCUCCCCCAGGAGUACGGGGGCAGCGGCCCCUCCAUGGAAGAGGUGUGUCAGGAGUGGACCUCCCACAUCCUGCAGUCUGAGGAACUCCUCAUCCAGCUUUCCAUCUACCCUGCAGGAGAUGAGGUCACCUCUGACCCAGAACCUGAUAGCCAGUCUGCCUACAGCUCCUGACUCCCCAUAGACUACACAUCCCAGAGUGCAUCUCACUGACCAACCACACAACUCGUAGCAUCCUUCUGAAGUCCAAUUCCAAUUUCUUAUUCCUUCCUUCACCUUCUUUUUUAAGGGAAGUCCAAUCGAUAUGGUUGGGGUGCACAACUUGAGCUCUCUGUAUAAGAUUGUCUGCUAGUUUUGAGUUUAUAUGAGCAUCCUGUUUAUUUAUUUAAAGUUAUCAGUAGUCGAUGAAAAGAUAGGAUGAUGACGAGGGAUGCUCGGUAGGAGCUAGUGCUCAAAAUAGUAUCAUAACACAUUGUGUUUCAGUAAUAACACACUGGAAUUGGGCCUAGACUACUUUUCUCCAUCUCAUCUGUUUUAUGGGUUUUGCAAACAUUUAUAUUAUUGGGACGGCAGGUAGCCUAGCGGGUGGGAGCGUUGGGCCAGUAACCGAAAGGUUGCUAGAUCGAAUCCCAGAGCUGACAAGGUAAAACAUUUAAUUCUGCCCCUGAGC